AUGAAUGAUGAAUAUUCUACUUUGAUGCAAAAUAAUAUUUGGUCUUUAGUGCCUCGUAAUUCAUCCAUGAAUAUUGUUGGUUGUCAUUGGAUUUAUAAAAUCAAAGAGCAAGUUGAUGGUACCAUUGAAUGGUAUAAAGCAAGAUUAGUAGCCAAAGGCUUCAUACAACUAGAAGGUAUUGACUUUGACUCCACAUUUAGUCUUAUUGUUAUGGCCACCAUUAUUCGAAUUGUUCUCUCUAUUGUUGUUAGUAGAUUAUGGUCCAUUAGGCAAUUAGAUGUCAAAAAUGCAUUUUUAUAUGGCAAGUUGCAUGAAGAAGUUUAUAUGAGAUUUAGUUCUGUUCUUCAUGCCUUUAGUUUCAAAAGUAGUCAAGCAGAUCCUUUUAUGUUUUCUUCACAAUUUUCAAUGAAAUAUCUCGAUGAUCUUUAUUAUUUUCUUGGAAUAAAGUCACAUCGUACACUUAAUCAUUUAGCUUUGCAAUAUCUUACCUUUACUAAACCUAACAUUACCUAUGCUAUACAACAAGUCUAUCAAUUUAUGCAUGCACCUUCUGAUAUUCAUUUUCAAGCUGUAAAACGAAUCUUGAGAUAUCUUAAAGGAACUAUCAAUUGUGGUAUUCAAUUACUUCCUUGCACUACACCGAAUCUAGUAUGCUAUGUUGAUGCUGAUUGGGUUGAUUGUCCAUACACUAAACGUUCUACAAUGGGUCACUGUGUUUUCUUAAGUUCCAAUCCUAUUUCAUAG